AUGUGCUCCGCCUCUUGCGAUACGGUGUGUCGCCUGCGUUGCGCCGGUGUCGAUUUGCAAGAUCAGGAGUUAUCGCAGCUGACACAACCAACAUGCAUUCCGCCAUGUAUGCCAGCUUGUCUUAUCACCUGUACCAAUCCAGAAAUUACUGCACCAACCGAUAUGUCACCUUCCACCACCGCCGCCACCACUACCCCACCACCUCCCAUCAUCAUCACCACUACCCCACGACCUCUCACAAUCACCACUACUACUCCUUCAUACCCAACACUACCAACGCCCCCAGUUACCGGACAGCAAACCACUUGCAUCCCGACAUGUAUGCCGACAUGUUCCCAGGAGUGUAUACAAUCAGUUAUGUUUAUUCCCAAUAUUGCACCCUCCACAUCAGCACCACUACAGAUAAAUAUUAACCUCAUACUAUGUCCUCCGGCCUGUCAACCUUCAUGUGAAACAGAAUGUAUUCAGGCACAUAGAACCUCUCAACAGGUGCCGGCUCCAAGCUCUGCAGUUCCUAAUGUUGGACAGUGCAUCCCAGUGUGUCUUCCCGAAUGCCUACAAUCAUGUAUACAAGCACAGACGCUUACAGCACAAUCCUCAGCUACUUCUUCAUAUAUAUCCACUCCACAUUCUGCAUUCACCCAAACCCCUGGAUUACUUCCAGCUCCAUCAGUGUCUAUGCCGAAAGUUCUCUCGCUUCAGUGUACUCCUGCCUGCCAACCAGCCUGUGAACUGAGCUGUAUCCAAGCGCAGCAACCUGCUGCAUCGCCAACAUCUGCUCCAGUACAACAACAGUGUAUACAACCCUGUAUGCCAGCUUGUCAACCUAGUUGCACGAUGCAAUUCCAAAUCUCGCAGACUUCAGCACCCACUCAGGUGACUGCUGCUCCAAUGCCAACAGCUGCUCCAACAACACAAGCACAGUGUAUCCCUAUAUGUCAACCUGCCUGUGAACCUCAAUGUAUACAA